UUCAAAAUCUAAUUUUCGAGCCAACAGCUUCAUUCUCCCACCUUCUUCAUCCCCACGGACCACGGUUCCAAACCACCGGAGCUACACCGGUAUAGACCGCCGGCUACGACGACGACGGCGAUAUGAAAAACAUGUUAUCAUCACUUCCAUAUCCAAAACUCACACCUUCAAUCAUCAACAACCACAACCAUCUUCUCGAUUUCUUCGAUCACCUUCUUCAUCACCAAUGCUUCACUCUGCAACAAGCUCGUCAAAUUCACACCCAAUUAAUCCUCACAACCACCCACCAUUCUUCCUUCUUAUCCGCCCGCCUCAUUGCAACCUACUCCCGCUUCAAUUCCAUCUCCGAAGCUCGAAAAAUCUUCACAACCACCCCAUUUGAAUCUCUUUCAAAUCUUGUAUGGAAUUCUAUCAUUAGAGCAAAUGUAUCACAUGGGUAUUAUAAUUAUGCUGUUAAAAUUUAUCAUCAAAUGAUGAAGUUUGGAUUUUUACCUGAUGGGUUUACAUUACCUUUGAUAAUUAAGUCUUGUUCUAAAAUUGGAAGUGUUGGUCUUUGUAAAAUUGUUCAUUGUCAUGUUUUGGAGACGGGUUUUAAGAAUCAUGUUCAUGUUGUGAAUGAAUUGGUGGGUAUGUAUGGGAAAGUUAGGAGAAUGGAAGAUGCAUGUAAAGUGUUUGAUGGAAUGGUUGUCAGAAGUGUAUUGUCGUGGAAUACGUUGGUUUCGGGUUAUGCUUUUAAUUUUGAUUAUGUUGGCGCCUUUAGGGUUUUUAAACGGAUGGAGUUGGAGGGUUUGGAGCCGAAUUAUGUGACGUGGACUUCGCUUUUGUCGAGUCAUGCUAGAUGUGGACUUUUUGAUGAAACUAUGGAGUUGUUUAAGGUGAUGAGAAUAAAGGGAAUUGAGAUUAGUGGUGAAGCUGUAGCUGUCGUGUUGUCUGUGUGUGCUGAUAUGGAUGGAGUUCAACGGGGGAAGGAAAUUCAUGGGUUUGUUAUUAAAGGUGGAUAUGAAGAUUAUUUGUUUGUAAAAAACGCGUUGAUAGGGAUUUAUGGGAAGAAGCGUGAGGACCUUGGGGAUGCACAUAAAAUAUUUUCUGACAUAAAGAACAAGAGUUUAGUAAGUUGGAAUGCUUUGAUAUCGUCGUAUGCUGACUCGGGAUUAUGUGAUGACGCCUAUGAAGUAUUUUUGAAGCUGGAGAAAUCGAAUGGUCAUUCGCCGGUGAGACCCAAUGUAAUAAGUUGGAGUGCUGUGAUUAGUGGUUUUGCUUCUAAAGGGCGUUUGGAGAAGUCAUUGGAAUUGUUUAGACAAAUGCAGCUUGCAAAAGUAAUGGCCAAUUGUGUCACUAUUUCUAGUGUUUUAUCAGUUUGUGCAGAAUUAGCAGCAUUGAACUUAGGUAGGGAGCUCCAUGCUUAUGCCAUUAGGAAUCUCAUGGAUGAUAAUAUUUUGGUCGGGAAUGGUCUUGUUAACAUGUAUAUGAAGUGUGGGGUUUUCGAGGAAGCACAUUUAGUAUUUGAUAAUAUUAAAGGUAGAGAUUUGAUUUCGUGGAAUUCAUUAAUUGGGGGCUAUGGAAUGCAUGGGCUUGGUGAGAAUGCUGUAAGAACUUUUGAUGAGAUGAUUAACGCCGGAUUGAGGCCAGAUAAAAUCACAUUUGUUGCUGUUUUAUCUGCAUGUAGUCAUGCUGGACUUGUUGCUGCGGGUCGCAACCUUUUUGAUCGGAUGGUCACGGAGUUUAGUAUUGAGCCUACUGUAGAGCACUAUGCGUGCAUGGUUGAUCUCCUUGGUCGUGCUGGGCUUUUGCAAGAAGCACAUGAUAUUGUGAGAAACAUGCCAAUUGAACCAAAUGAGUGUGUUUGGGGAGCUCUUUUAAACUCAUGUAGAAUGUACAGAGAUACAGAUCUUAUAGAAGAAAUAGAAUCACGAAUUCUAGCCCUUAAGUCAGAAAUAACUGGGAGCUUCAUGCUGCUGUCCAAUAUUUAUGCUGACAGUGGAAAACGGGAGGAUUCUGCCAGAGUCAGAGUCUCAGCAAAGGAAAAAGGUUUUAAAAAAAUACCUGGUCAGAGUUGGAUUGAGGUGAGAAAAAAGGUAUACACAUUCUCAGCAGGGAAUGUAGUCCAUUUGGAACAAGAUGAAAUUUUUGCGAUCCUUAAUGAAUUGGCACUUCAAAUGGCGAGUGUACAUUAUAGCAUCAAUAGUUGCUUUCAUCAACCAUAUAAUUUAGACGAAUCAGAGCUCUUACUAGUAGCAAACUGAGAGGGGCUAGAUUUUUUUUUGCCAUGCCUUUCUCUACCAGCAACAAUACUCGAGAUUUUUUUAAUGCUUUAGUAUAAGAUUAGUUAGGAAAAUAGCAAUUCAUUUACUUGUUUUCCACAUUAUUUUGAUUUUGACACAUAGUUCAGCAGGUUGUUGUACAACUUCUAACCAAAGGGUUUCACUUCUACAUGUACACAUUGUAGCAAUGUUUCACCAAUUACAGUCAUAGUACCUACUAAUGUAGUGAAAUUCAGUUUUA